AUGCGGAGGCUUCACUGCAGUGCUUGUGAGCGAAAAAGCGCGUUUGUGGCAGGCUUUCCCAGCAGCAGCGCUCGCUCACAGCGCUGUUUCGUUGUGCCUUUGGUGUCGCGAGGUUGCCGCUCAAGCUUGCGGAAACGACUAGGGACACAGCGCGCACUGCUCGUCGGUGUGAACUCGGAACCAGCGAUAACGAAAGCGCAGCGCCAGCGACUUGAGCGCAUCGCGUCGUGGUCUGCUGUACCAGAUGCGACAUGCAACUUUGAAGCGCUCACGGAGUCCCUACGCACAGUGUACGCGGAUACCAGUUCACUGCCGCCGUGCCUGCCCCAGACCGUGGAGUUCUCUAUCCUGCAGGCGCAGUAUGCGACGCUGCACGUCUUGCGCAAGGUCCCCGACUGGGGGGUCUGGUCCAUAGAGCUGCCCAUGGGGCGCACCAAAGACAAGUGGUACCAUGCCGUCCCGGCAAACGAACUGCGUCGCUACUCUCGUGAUCUCUUUCAUGACUAUGUGGAAGUGUUCACGCAGCAACGCGGAGCGCGGGUGUGUGUUUGUGUGGCGCCUCUGGACGCCACAGCUCGGCAGCUUGGGGGUGGAGCGCUCAUGCCCCUGCGGCGGUGGCGAGGGACACAAGCUCGUCACGGUGUUGCAGCGGACUCGCCCGGCACACGUGAUGCCGACUCGCUUCGGGGCUCAGCGCCCAAGUUGCUAACCUAUUACGAAGACAUAGAUCCCAAUGAGGAAAUAGCACGUUGCCUCAUGCGCGCUGUGUUCGACUCGGCCCGCAACGUGCUGGAGGCGAGCCAUACCGCCGACGAUGCAUCCUUUCUGGAUGUGAUUGGUAUUGCCGACGCGGCUGCAGACCCGGAACGCAACCUCCUUGGACUUACUGCGUUGGAUACGCAUCCAGAGGCAGCGGUGGCGGCCGGGAGUACCAGCCCCUGGAUGCUGGUGCCUCGUGAUCGACGUUGCCGACUACGGACGCUAUUUGCUGUGCGAAACGCGCUCUUAGCCGAUGCAGGAUGCACCCAUGUCGCGCAGGCAUUCGACGGAGAUUACGGCGACGACUUGCUUGCAGCACUGCCGGAUGUGGUUGUCAUUACAAAUGCGGUUGCGUCGAGGCAUCUGGGGUCCGUGCUGCGCAUUGUGGAUGCUUGUCGAGCGGUCGGCGUACCUGUCGUGCUGUUUAAUUGCUUUCUUGACCUUGCACGUCUUACGGACGUGAGACGUACGCGGCUCGCUACCCACGAAGAGGCUGCUCUCGAGGCUAGCGCCCACGUCCAGCUGGCACGACAGCAACUGGGCGAGCCGAAGCUGCCGCUUCCCGACGUCUUGCGGCGAAUCCGAGACGGAUCCGUUCUCGGGGCCGAAGCAUGUUACGUUUGUCGGUGUCUGCCGCAUGUGGGCGCGCUUUGGCGCAUGCGUGGCGCUCACGAGGUCGGUCUGGGUGCGUUUCACGGCUCAACAGCGCUUGGCGAAACGCGUCCGGCUGCGUCGCUGUCGGGAUCGCUUGACGCGGACCCGUGGCACCUCUUCGCCGAGGUCGACUGGCUGGAGUACGAGUACGCUACGAGCGUGUCGUACACGCUGCGCCCAACGCUGAUGGCUUCGGAGCUGGAAGACAUCCUCCUUCACGACUGCGGGUAUAGUCGUCGUCAGCCGGAGCGCUUGUUAUGGAGUCCGACGAAUUCCGACUCGGAGCCGCUCUGGUCGCGACGAGGAUCUGUCCACCACGCCGGCUACUGGCCGAGUAUGGUACCCGCCAUGGACUUUGACCAGUGGGCACCUCCACUGGACGCCGGCAUCGACACAUGGAUGUGGCGGUAG